GAGUUAGCUCUUCAAUUUCCAAAAAUGGAGGAAAGUUGCGAAACGUAACGUAACGUGAAACAGAAAUUUAGUCAUUUUAGCACAUUCUAUCAAUCAUCAUGCCUGGACAUAGCAGUAAAAAGCAGUCACAAAGAACGAAAGGGAAUCUGAGGCCAUCAAGUAGCAGCCAUGCUGCUGAGCUACUUACGUCAGCAGGGACAGCCUCUACAGGAUUUAUUGGGUUUGGUUCUGCUCCUAAAUAUGUUCCAGCCAGCAGUGCCCUCGAUGAUAUGGAUACCAGUCUUGACUCAGACUUCAGACUGGUUUUAAGAAAACUUACCAAAAGGGAUGCAACAACUAAAAUCAAGGGUUUACAAGAGUUUGGAGAGUUAUGUAAGGAGAAAAGUGAAGAAGACUUGAAAGGUGUACUUCCAUUCUGGCCUAGAACUUACAACAAGAUGGCUUUGGAUAUUGAUUACAGGGUGAGAGAAGCUGCACAGCAAGCCAUGUCCACACUAGUGUCACGUGUGAGACGUAAUCUUGCUCCAUACCUUCGUAAUCUGAUGGGGGCUUGGGUUCUGAGCCAGUGUGACACAUACCCAACAGUGGCAAGUUCAGCACAGGGUGCCUUCCAGGAUGCUUUUCCUCCAGUUAAACAGACUGAAGCAUUGGUGUUCUGUAAAGAAAGUGUUUUAGAGUAUUUAACAGAAAAUCUAAUAACUCACACACAGCAGACACUGAGUGAUCCAAAAAGUACAGAGCCAGAGGACAUGGAAAAUAAAUAUAACAGGGUGUUAACUUCUUCCUUAUUGGCUGUUAGAAAGCUGCUGUCAUCACUUCCAGCCAAUGAGAUUGAGUCUCUCAAACAACCGAUCACAACACUCCUUGAUAGUGCCAAAUUUUGGAAACAUGGGAAAAGUAAAAUAAAUAUGGUGAAAGGUGCAAUGUACUACAUGUUAGCUGGACUAUGUCAGAUGUUACCAGAGCUAGCAAACAGUUAUGCCAGCAAGAUUUCACCAUUAGUUCUACACAAUCUGGAUGACAAUGAUGCAGCUAUAGUUCCUUAUCUAUGGGAGGCAACUCUGUCUGUCAUCAACUGUAUUCAGGAGUGUUGGAAACAUGUUAAUGUCCAGAAAGCAUUCUGGCCAAAAUUACGGAAAGUAUUAGAGACUGGUUGCCAUGGAAAUGCUGUUGUCAUAGCUACCAAUCUUCUACCAUUGAUCAGUAAAAUACCAGCUGAUCUGUUUCCAGACAAUGAUAAAUUCUAUGAUGAAUUCUUCACAUGCUUCAAGUUGGGUUUAAGCUUGAGAAGUGUACAGAAAAGUACCAGCGAGUGUAGUGCCAUGGUGAGGUCAUAUAUGGAGUGUGCACAUUACAUCAUCAUACAGAACACAGGAAAAACACUUUCUUCGUGUAUACUACUAGAUCAGGUUAUGCCAGUGGUUGAAGCGUCCUUGUUGGAGAAAGACUCUACCCUAUAUAAAUCUCCUCUGUACACCAUGUUGGGCCAACUUCUCAAUGCUGUAGAAAAUGCUGAUAACAGUGCAAUGAAACAAGCAAGUUUAAAAUUCUGGACUCAUCUGAAAAACAGCUUGGAAGUAAAACUAACUUCCACUGAAGAGCUUGAAAAGGGGGAUAACUUUGAUGAAAGAAUUGUCUUCCUUGUGAAGUGCCUGUUUUAUCCUCAGACUGAAGUAAAACAGAAAGUUGGGAAAGUCAAGUUUCAGGUCAUUUCAGAAACAGAUACUCGGUCAAAAAUCCCCAAAGUCGAGGUUUCAGCUGGAACAAAAGUGGAAUUAGCAGAACAUGCGUCAAACUUCGUUCAGGACCUGAUAUUAACGGCUUUUGAGCUCGCUCACAAACAUUUCAGUGCAAGUCAUUUAAGGAUAUUUGCUCAGUUGUUAGAAUUUGACUCCUCAGAUAAAGUGGUUGCUAAGGUGAUAGCGUGUUGCCAUGGUGAUGUAGAAACAGAGACAACCUCACAUUAUUUUGUGUUUGAGAUUUGUAUACCAUGGAUACAGAAACUGCAGGAGACAGGUGAAAUUGGACCUGAGUUUACGCAUCUGGUACAUGUUGUGUGUAUCUUUCUGUCUGUGUUGGACGAGGAGUCAGUGAAACUGCUAUUGGAUAAUAUGUCCAAGACUUGUAAAGACUUGAAGUCACAGUACAUACUGCUAGAGAAGUUGUUUGGUUUGGCGGGGUCCAAUCCCUCCGUGCUUACCUGGCUUCAAGGUGAACAAUUUGGGGAGCAGUUAUUGUCACAUUCCCGUGCAGUGUGUGAUCGAGAGAUUGACGACUCGUGGAAGGAGGAAACAACAAGUAUACUCAACAUACUGUCUCUUGUGCUGGCCACAAGAGUUGGCAAUAAUAAGUUGCUGGUACCCAGGAAGUAUGUUGAUGGCCUUCUUUCGAUCCUGCAACUUCCUUUACAGAAACUGGCUGUAGCAAAAAGUGUGUCUAACAGAGCAGAGCUUGCCCUUGGUUUUGUAUCUCGGGCUGCAAAGUGUUUCUUCUCACAGUACAAAGAGUGUAUAAUGACAGAUUCAGCUACAGACCUGAUUGUUACACUGUUUAUGAUGUCCGUGUCUGACCAGUGUCAUGUUGGUGAAGAAACAAUGGUUGAGACACGUGAGGCGUGGUGUUCAGGUAUACAAGGUGUUCUACACACGUUUGGGGAUAAUCUUCCCACUGAUUCAGGAGUUCUGGCUAAGAUAUCCAGUAUUUUGCAGGAAACUGUGACUUCAGAGAAGUUUACUUCAUUGCAACAAGUUUCUACAGCAUUACAGUGUGUACAGACAUUGCUUGAUAUACUACACACACACCUGCAGGAGGACAGUGAAGAAGCCAGCACAUUGUAUACCAGCUUCUGUAGUCAGCUAGUUGAAAAACUAGAGCAACAUGUUCCUGCUAAGACAUGGGAAUAUUUAUGUGUAAAUGGAGAUUACCCAUACAUUCCACAGACUGAGGGCACCGAUUCUAGAUUCCUUCAUACCUUGUUUACCUCCCUUUACAACUGCAAACUUUUACAACAGCUGCACAUAGAAGUUUGUUUAGGUAGUGACAAACAGACAGAAAAUGUUGCCAUGGAAACCAGUCUGAGUUCAAAGUGUUGGACAGAUGAGAGUUUAUGUUGUUUGAUGGAGAGUAUACAAUCAAUGGCCAUCUGGCAGUUUGAAACCCAGUAUAGUAAGAUGUUACAGAGUACCCCAGAAAUAGGAGAGGCUAGUGCUCAAUUGUCAGCAGUAGUAUCCAACAUCAUUCAGGAUCUUGACAUGAAUCAUCAGGACAAACUUUGGCAGUACACCUUUACCAGGAUGAUUGAGGCGGAAGAAUAUGUGUUAUGUGGGAAAGUAUUGUUGCCUGUUUUGAACACUGUUCGGAAUGAAGAUUUCUACCUAGAGUUGUCUCCCUUACUUGACUGUGCUCUACCUGUGUUGCUAUGCACUGCAGAAUACCUGUCUCCCAGCAACCAGGUGACCUUGACUGAGAUAAUUGUUGCUAGGCUACUCAGUCUUGAUGUAGAUUCUGCAAAACAUCUAGAUGGGGGAGUUGGUCUUCUGUGUGUUCUUUCAAAUUUGGUUGCCAUGGUAACAGUGACUAAGGAAGAUGAAAUGUCAGAAGUACUGCUUGGUGCUGUAGACCAAGUUAUUUCAUGGAAGGAAGAAAAUGAUGAGCUAUUUCUGUACAGCAGAGAUAUAGUAGAAGCAACAACAGACAUAGUGCUACUGAACUCACAGGUGGGCAGGUUGCUGUAUGCUGUGGUUGAUAGAUUAUCUGGUAGUCUGACAGACAAACACUGGGACUUUAUCAUGUGUAGUUUGGUGUCAUGGAUUCAGAGUAUAGAAGAAACCCAAUUAGCGAAACUGUGUGAUCCCUCAAUUCAGUGUUAUACAGUCAGUGUCCUUGACCUUCUUGUUAAUGUUGCCGUCUGCUUGAGAGAGAAAGUUGGAAAAGUGCCAGGAAAUUACCCAGAAAACCUUGUAACUGAAUGGACUGAAUUCUUCAGUGAAUCAAUAUUCACAGUUACUCUGCCAUUAUUUUUGAAGAUACACAACAUGUACAAAGGUAAACCAGUUGCAGGAAGUGACCAGCUUCUGUUGACCUCGGUGUGUAAUGCUGCAGCACAAACAACAAAACCUCAGUUACUGGAACACAAGUUACCUCCCUUACUGGUGGCCGGUGAUUUGUCUCCCUUGCCAGACAAUCUUCAGUGUUUAAUGAAUCAUAUGUGUCCUCUGUUGCUAAGCAACCAGAGAUGUGUACAGAUGGCAGCUUUCCAUGUCCUUCACAGCAUUGUUGAUUCCCUACCACAGUAUGACAAGGAGGAUAAGAGUUUUGAUGCUGGAGCUGCCGGUGGGGACGAUAAAGAAGAAAAUGUGACAAGGAGCCCACCAGCAAGAAUUAUGAAGAUUGUGGAUGAAAGUAGUACCAUUCUGGAAGUAGUUCUGAGUGAUUUGCCCAUUGAGACUAGUCAACCAAUCAGUGAGCUUAGUGAGGAGUAUCACUACACACUGUCUUAUCUGUUGUCAUGGAAACUGUUGUUAUAUUUCUUCAAAAGUGCUCCACCAGAGUUGAGACAAGAGUACGCAGGUUACCUACAGGACCACAGAUACAUAGAUCACCUGAUGUUUAACAUCUUCAGAAUUAUGCCAAAUAUCCCUAGUAAAAUGUUCCAGCAUAAACCAGAUAUGGAUGUUGCAGAAUGUGGAAGUAGCACGGAGAUACAGCACAUAGGGUGUGCUCUGUACAUGCAAAUACUGAAAACAAUGCCGGCUAUGGCGAGAAACUGGUGGAAAAGUCAGGACAGAAAAACAUCUGCUUAUGUUGACACGUUUACCACCAAAUAUGUCAGCAGUGUACUGUGUACAUCUGAGAUCAGAUCUGUCCAGAAGACUGAUGUUCAGCUGCAGGAUAUGACGAUAAAGGCAAGGCCCAUAACAAGGGAGGUAAUAGCAGUGUACAGUUUGGAGGAAGUUAGUAUAGAGAUGGUUAUCUCCCUUCCUCAGAACUAUCCUCUAGGUAACAUCUCUGUUAUCAGUGAGAAACGUGUCGGUGUGUCGGGUCCACAGUGGGAAAAAUGGCUGCUGCAGCUGAACAUUUUCUUACAACACCAGAAUGGAAACAUAAUGGAUGGUCUAAGAUUAUGGAAGAACAACAUUGACAAGAGGUUCGAGGGUGUAGACGAAUGUAUGAUUUGUUUCUACGUGCUUCAUGGAACAAACUUUCAGCUGCCAAGGAUUGCAUGCAGGACCUGCAAGAAAAAGUUCCACUCUAGUUGUCUUUAUAAAUGGUUCAACACAAGUCACAACUGUACCUGCCCACUCUGCAGAAAUGUGUUUUGACAGCAUACUACCCAAGACCUGUCGACAGUUAAAAAAUCUACUGUGAUACACAGAUAUUUUAUUUGCAUAAGACGAUUGAAAAGGAUUAUUAGGAUCCUAUAUCUGCUACAGUUUACUAUAUAUAUGAAAUUUUUGAAACAUAAUUUUUAAUGGUAAUGUUUUUCAUUUAGAUUUUAACAUGACUUAUUGUUGUUCUGGUUUUCUUCACAUGGAAGCUCAUAUCAAUUAGUGUUGGUUAUAAUGUAAUUAAAUAUUCAUUAUGAUAUGAAGCAUUUUGCAGACAGAAGUACUGUUUGACUUAUUAUUUACAGAUUUACCAGUAUGAAGUUAGUAAUAUAUAAAUUUGGCAAAACCAAGAUGAAUGAAUACAUCAGUAUGUAGCUGUGAACUUUGUCAUAGCAUUGUUUUAUGCAAAGCUGUUCAUGGAAUAAAAAUUUUGAAAGAAAAA